AUCACUGUUUCAGUGGCCCUGGUGUUUCGUUUUCGCAUUCACUCAGUUUACAAGUUUGGGUUGUUGGUGUUAUUUGUGAUUCUGAUAGAUGGACGCCGACGUUGUUAUACGCUCUGAAAAACAAUUGCAACGAAAUUUAAGAUGUCUCAGCAAGCGUAUGACAUGGUUUUUGGUUCAGAGGAUGUCCAGCUGUUUGUGUCGUUCGCGCACGAUCACGGAGUAUGAAGCACAAGUUGUCGCAUCUCAGACCACAGAUGUGGGAAAAGCCUCAAAGCUGAUGGAGAUCGUCAUUAGAAAAGGUCGGAGGGCAUGCAGCUCGUUCCUUUCAUGCCUCGGCAUUUGUGACCCGAAGUUGUAUGAAAGUGUUACAGGAUAUCCAGCACCAUUCAGUCACAAGGACCAUCACCACUCAGAAGACAUCCCAUUGUCAGAAAAACAAGCUUCAUUUCCAACUUGUAUUAUAAACAUACACAACUCUUCCCUGCAACAUUGUAUUUUUGGAAACAACAAUAGCCAAUGCAUUACCUGUGACCAGCAUUCUCUUCUCUCUCAGAAUGAUGCAAUAAAUGUAGAUGAAAUGGAGGACAGUCAGAGCCAUGACCAGCUGAUCCCAGCACCGGACCCUGUAAGUCGCAAUGACAUUCACAUGGAGCGCUCCCACAUAGAAUAUGUCAUCAUAGGAGACCACAACAGCAUGACAGUCACAGAGACCUUAGACUCAGAGGAUGAGGAGGACACAGAGAUUGAACCAGAACCGCUUAGUGCUUAAAAGAUGUGAAAUGGAGGCUAGAAGAUAUCCACACAUUUUGGGAGGUGCAGUUUUGUCAGUUCAUCUCAGUUUGCCUGGUCCAUGAUUCUACAUGGGCAUGCACAUGUGCCUGGAUGCACAUGCCUUAAAUUAACAUAUGAGGUGCUCAGUAGGUGCUGCUAAACAUUGACACUGUAAAGCGUUAUAUACAUUAUCUUUCUGAACAUGUGUACCAUGAUGUUGCCACUGGUUGCUCUGGAACGAUAUAAUUUCUGAGUGCUUAAUAUUUGUUUGUGCUAAACAAAAGUGUUUGAACCGUUGCGUAGCUGACAUUGCAUUACUUGCAAUUAUGAGACUUUUAUAUGCUUUUUUAAAAGUAUAGCCUAUGUGUCUUGUGUAAUUAUGUCUUAAAAGUAAAAGCUUAAAAUGCUUAUUUUGGAUUUGAUGUUGUAGUAGUUAUUCGGUCAAAUAUGCUCAAUAUAUGUAAGACUGUGGAAAGUUACUAGGUAAAUCUGUGGUGUGAUUUUACGUAUUCAAAUUUGGUUUCUGAAGAGACUAUGUGCAUUUUUUUCCUGUGAGGGUUGGGUAUAUGUAUGUAUUUUCAGUACAUCUGAAUUAUGAUUUUAUCAACUAAACUAGACCUCAAGUCAAAUGUUUAUGAUUUCUAUGUGUUUUUAUUAUAACGUUUUACUUGGUUGUUGUCACUUGAUAUUUUUAAAGCAAUGUUUUUUUUAUUUGUAUAUUUCUAUGACUUUUUUAAGUGUUUAUCUAUCAAAAUAAAGAUUAUUUAAUUUAUCACAAAA